CUCUCAGUCCCUUUUAACCAGGCUCUUUUUCCCGGCAACCCUAGCGGCCGGCCCGGCGCUCGUCAAGAUGGCGGCUGACAGUGAGCCGGAGUCCGAGGUAUUUGAGAUUACAGACUUCACCACUGCUUCGGAGUGGGAAAGGUUUAUUUCCAAAGUUGAAGAAGUCUUGAAUGACUGGAAACUGAUUGGAAACUCUUUGGGAAGGCCACUUGAAAAGGGUAUAUUUACUUCUGGCACAUGGGAAGAGAAAUCAGAUGAAAUUUCCUUUGCUGACUUCAAGUUUUCUAUCACUCAUCAUUAUCUUGUACAAGAGUCCAUUGAUAAAGAAGGAAAAGAUGAAGUAUUAGAAGAUGCUAUUCCACAAUCUAUGCAAGAUUUGCUGUGUAUGAAUAAUGACUUUCCUCCGAGAGCACAUUGCCUGGUAAGAUGGUAUGGCCUGCGUGAGUUUGUGGUGAUCGCCCCUGCUGCACACAGUGAUGCGGUUCUCAGUGAGUCUAAGUGCAAUCUUCUGCUCAGUUCUGUUUCCAUUGCUUUGGGAAACACUGGUUGUCAGGUCCCACUUUUUGUGCAAAUACAUCACAAAUGGCGAAGAAUGUAUGUAGGAGAAUGUCAAGGUCCUGGUGUCCGAACUGAUUUUGAAAUGGUUCAUCUUCGAAAAGUGCCAAAUCAAUACACUCACUUAUCAGGUCUACUGGAUAUCUUCAAAUCAAAGAUUGGAUGCCCUUUAACUCCAUUGCCUCCAGUUAGUAUUGCUAUUCGAUUCACCUAUGUGCUUCAGGAUUGGCAGCAGUACUUUUGGCCUCAGCAGCCUCCAGAUUUAGAUGCUCUGGUAGGAGGAGAAGUUGGAGGACUGGAGUUUGGCAAGUUACCAUUUGGUGCUUGUGAAGAUCCUAUUAGUGAACUCCAUUUAGCAACUACAUGGCCUCAUCUGACUGAAGGGAUCAUUGUGGAUAAUGAUGUGUAUUCUGAUUUGGAUCCUAUUCAAGCUCCUCAUUGGUCUGUUAGAGUUAGGAAAGCAGAUAAUCCUCAGUGUUUACUAGGUGAUUUUGUCACUGAAUUUUUAAAAAUUUGCCGUCGAAAGGAGUCAACUGAUGAGAUUCUUGGACGAUCCAGCUUUGAGGAAGAAGGAAGAGAACUUGCUGAUAUAACUCAUGCUUUGUCAAAAUUGACAGAGCCAACACCAGUUCCAAUUCAUAAAUUAUCAGUUUCAAAUAUGGUACAUACUGCAAAGAAGAAAAUACGAAAGCACAGAGGUGUAGAAGAGUCACCCCUGAAUAAUGAUGUCCUCAAUGCUAUUCUCUUGUUCUUAUUUCCUGAUGCUGCUUCUGAGAAACCAGUAGAAGGAACUACUUCAACAGACCAUAGUAAUCCUCCAUCAGACAGUGAAGAUUAUAAUCUCUACAAUCAGUUCAAAUCCGCACCAUCUGACAGUUUAACAUACAAAUUAGCUUUGUGUCUUUGUAUGAUCAAUUUCUACCAUGGAGGCCUAAAAGGAGUGGCACAUCUCUGGCAGGAAUUUGUUCUUGAAAUGCGCUUCAGAUGGGAAAACAACUUUCUCAUUCCAGGAUUAGCCAGUGGAGCCCCAGAUCUAAGAUGUUGUUUACUGCAUCAGAAGCUGCAGAUGUUAAAUUGUUGUAUUGAAAGAAAGAAGGCACGUGAUGAGGGGAAAAGGAUAAGUACUUCAGACACUGUAACUGUUGCACAUCCAGGGGAUGCUGGAAAAGUUGGAGACCAGCUGGGGCCAGACUAUCUCAAAGAUACGGAGAAGGGGGAGAUGGGAAAAUCUUGGGAUUCAUGGAGCGAUAGUGAAGAAGAAUUUUUUGAAUGCUUAAGUGAUGCAGAAGAACUUAAAGGAAAUGGACAGGAGAGUGGCAAGAAAGGAGGACCUAAGGAGAUGGCAAAUUUAAAACCAGAAGGACGUCUCUAUCAGCAUGGGAAACUUACACUACUACAUAAUGGAGAACCUCUCUACAUUCCAGUAACCCAGGAACCAGCACCUAUGACAGAAGAUCUGUUGGAAGAGCAGUCUGAGGUCUUAGCUAAAUUAGGUACCUCGGCAGAAGGGGCUCACCUCCGAGCACGCAUGCAGAGCGCCUGUCUGCUUUCUGAUAUGGAGUCUUUUAAGGCAGCCAACCCGGGUUGUUUUCUGGAAGAUUUUGUGAGGUGGUACUCGCCCAGGGAUUAUAUCGAAGAGGAGGUGACGGAUGAUAAGGGGAAUACAGUUCUGAAAGGAGAACUGAGUGCCCGGAUGAAGAUUCCAAGCAACAUGUGGGUUGAAGCCUGGGAAACAGCUAAGCCAAUACCUGCUAGACGGCAAAGGAGGCUCUUCGAUGAUACACGUGAAGCAGAAAAGGUACUGCACUAUCUGGCAGUCCAGAAACCUGCAGACCUGGCUCGGCACCUUCUACCUUGUGUGAUUCAUGCAGCUAUACUCAAGGUAAAGGAAGAAGAAAGUCUGGAAAACAUUUCUUCCAUUAAGAAGAUUAUAAAGCAGAUCAUAUCCCAUUCCAGUAAAGUUUUACACUUCCCCAAUCUAGAAGACAAGAAAUUGGAAGAAAUUAUCCAUCAGAUUAUUAGUGUGGAAGCCAUAAUCGCAAGAGCUCGGUCCCUGAAGGCCAAAUUUGGAACUGAGAAAUGUGAGCAGGAAGAGGAAAAGGAAGAUCUGGAAAGGUUUGUGAGUUGCCUGUUGGAGCAGCCUGAAGUGUUAGUCACUGGGGCAGGAAGAGGACACGCUGGCAGGAUCAUUCACAAGUUGUUUGUGAGUGCUCAAAGGGCUGCAGCCAUGGCUCCCCCAGAGGAGGAACUGAAGAGGACAGGCUGCCCCGAGGAGAGAAGACAGAACUUGGUGUCGGACUUCCCACCGCCCGCUGGCCGGGAGCUCAUCCUGCGCACCACCGUGCCGCGCCCUGCACCCUACUCCAAAGCCCUGCCUCAGAGGAUGUAUAGCGUCCUCACCAAGGAGGACUUCAGACUCGCAGGUGCCUUUUCGUCAGACACAUCCUUCUUCUAAGUCUCCUGGCAAUAUCUCGGCGGUGGCUUCGGAGACAGCACUGCCUCCUUUUUGCCAGGGAGACCCUGUGAGGGGCAGGAAGGGGUUUGUCCGCAGAAUGCUCAGGAGUCACCGCAGCACCCGGAGGACUUUCAGGAACCAUGAUCAGGCUCUAGGGUACCUUGGUGGGGUCGGGGACACUGGGCUGGCGUCAGUGAAAGAUUCUGCCCCGGAGAGACAGGCUUUGUGUACUCAUCAGGAGCCCUGUGUCCUCACUGCAGUGAGGCAGCGUUCAUCUCAUUCCCCCCGCGACUGUCCUUGGGGCUGUGGCCUGCGUUCGUAAUCUGUGCGCACACUUAGUGGCAGUACUUACUAGUAUCACGUAUGCAGCAUAGAGUACCUGUCAACUCCGAUUUCUGGACAUUUUGGUGGUAGCUUACAGUCCCAGAGUCUGUGUUUUUUAAUUACUACAUGACUUUCGGUUUAUUCAGUCACUUGGUGGUCAUCUUUAUUAAACUAGUUAACUUUUGAUGAACAUUUGCACUAUUCUGGGAGAAAGCGUAGAAUUUUAUAUAGUUUGUUUUUCCAUCUAACUGUAGCCUAAAUAUGAAACUACAAAUUAAAUGACACUUCAGAAUAAUUUUAUGUACAUCGUGUAAGAUUUGUUGUCUCCUGUCUGUGCUCCUUCUGGUUGCCUGGUAAGUUACCAACCUGCGCAGUGUUCUCCCUGCUUUGCUGUGCGGUGUGCUUUCCUUCUCGGUGGCGGCUGCUGGGUCCUGUGUGUAAUGAAGGAGAAGUGAACACAUGCUAAAAAUACAGGCUUGUGACAUAGAGACUACCAUGCCGUUAGUAUAAUCGGCAUACAUGCUCAUGUAAUAAAUAGAAGAUUACUGUAACGCACUCUCUUGAGUUUUGUAGUUAGGAUGAAAAUAAUCCGUGGGGGUGUACAGCACCCAGGAUAAGAAUAACAGCACCAUGUAUGUGAAGACUGAGACGCACCAAGUCUAUUGCUGUGCAGCCUCUGUUUGGUAAUCUUAAAUUAUUUUUAGGUUUAAAAUUCCCACCUUUAUGCUAAAGUGGAAAAUCAUUAUAAUGAAGUAUAAAUUCUUCCUGUGUAAUUUUAAAGAAUUGGUAGAGCUGUGCAAACUCUUAUAUUAUUUUUGUAAAACAAAAAUCUGUACAUAUAUAGGGUGUGUGUGUACCCACUUCCGGAUGUGAGCAGGAGGGCGGCCCUGGGUGACGGGGCCCCAGCCUUUCCCGCGCCCUUCUCUGAGAUGCACGCAGGUUCAGGCCUGAGGACCCAGGAGACGGUCCUUCAGGGGCAGAGCUUGGCUGCUCUUGGAGUGUUAGGACAGAACCUGGAAUGGAGAGGUUGGGAUUUCAAAAGGCAUCGUGAGUCCGAGAAAGAGGACAGUGCUGUUUCUGUGGCUGAGUUUAUUUUCUUCCCUCUGCGGGCAUUUCAGUCUUACCCCGCUUAGUUUUAUGUUGUUCCUGGUCUUCUUGAAGAUUUGCAGCCUAGUAAGCAAGCAGUAGUCUCGAGAACACACUUUAUGCCUUUCAAGGCGGUGACCCCGUUUUAUUUUUACAUGUUUAUUUCACAGGCAUUUGAAAGUACCUACUAAAAAAAUAAAUAAAAGUAACCUACUUGUG